AUGACAUCUCAGUUCAACUCCUCCCUGGAGAAAGUGUUUGUGCUGCAUGGACUGAACUUGACGCAGACAAGCAGACACAUCUAUUUUGUAUUUAUUCUCAUCCUGUACCUCUUCACCAUUUUUAUUAAUUCAACACUGAUCUUAACUAUUGUUCUAGAGAAAAUGUUACGUGACCCAAUGUAUUUAUUCCUCUGUAAUCUGUGUAUUAAUGGGAUCAUUGGUGCUUCAUCUUUCUACCCAAAGAUACUUUAUGACAUUUCAUUUGACUCUCAUGUAAUAACAUACAUUGGGUGCUUGACACAGAUAUUAGUCAUCUACUUCUAUGUUUAUUGUGAAUUUACCAACUUAACAAUGAUGGCUUAUGACAGAUAUGUUGCCAUCUGUAGGCCACUCCACUACCACUGUAUUAUGACUAUUAGAAAAGUGUGGACACUGAUUCUUCUAACAUGGCUUUUCUCAUUGCUAGAAGUCACCAUUGGGAUAGUACCAACAGUUAGGUUACCUCUCUGUGGUGUUGACAUUGAUAAACUCUACUGCUCAAACUGGGCAGUUGUGCAGCUCUCAUGUGUUGACACGACUGGGAACAACAUCGCUGGCUUUAUUUUCAUAUGUUCUCAUUUCUUCCAAGCAUUGCUUAUUCUGAUUUCCUAUGUUAACAUCAUCAAAGCAUCUUUACGUUCCCGGGCAGAUAGGAGGAAGUUCAUGCAGACCUGUCUGCCUCAUAUUAUCACCCUGGCUAACUUCUCUACAUCCAUAUUCUUUGACUCGAUUUAUGCUCGUUAUGGCAGUAACACCAGUCUGUUGGCCCUGAGGAAUAUCAUGUCUGUGGAGUUCCUAGUUGUUCCUCCUCUGUUAAAUCCUAUCAUAUAUGGGAUGAAACUCACUCAGAUUCAAAAUCGAGUACGACAAAUGUUUUACAUUGAAGUUGCUGUAGUUAGAUUGAGGUAA